GCUGCUGUUUGUCGUCUGUAAAGCGGCGCUUUAGCUCAGCAGAGACACACUACAGAGACACGGAGUGUGAUGUGAGACACAUUUUUAAUGACUACAAAUAUUCUCUCAUGGACGCUACAGGAUUAAUACGCACUGCAACACUGCUCUGGAUACAUAUUUGUCCUAGAAUACCUACAUUUUUCUCUGUUUUUGUAACCUAUUUGUUCUUCUCAUCAGGUUAACGGACAGAGGAAGUUUCCUCACAGGAGGAUUUGUGUGAGGAGAAGCGGCGCGCGCAUCACUCGAGCGUGUUUACUCUCUCCGACAUUUUCCAGAAAACUCGAAGAACAUUUCGUAUAUUUUUCUUAUUUUUUUUUUUAUGAGUAAGGAAUCUUGUAAGUGUUUUUUAAACGAGCGUGUCGGACCGUCAGCAGGUUCAGUAGCUCUGUGGUGUGUGUGUGUGUGUGUGCUGCUGAAGUAGUUCACAUCUCCUAGAGAGAAACUCAGAUUAAUGGAGGGAUUAAAGAAAGCCGGAUAUCUUUACAGUCCGUGAGAACAAAUCUGGAAGUUUGUUUGUUUGGUUGUUUUUUUUCCCUUCCCCUCGGAGAAUAUUGCUGAAGGAGCUGUGUGGAAAAUCAUGAACAGCGUCACGGAGCUUGAAGACGGACCGCAGCACAAGGCUCAGAGGAGGAGUUGUAGUUACCUCCUGUGCACCAUCCUGCUCUUCAUUGCCGUGCUACUGGCUCUCACGGUAACAGGCACCAUCCUCUUAAUGAACCAUUCCCACGCACCCUCAGGCCCCGAUGCUCCACCCCUCAUCACUACCAAUCAAGACGAAGGUAACGCCCUGGUGACAGUAGAGAGGGGUGAUGGCUCCCGCAUUAACAUCUUCAUCGAGCCCAACUGCCCCGACUACAACAGCAACUUCCUGCGACUGGAAGGGGUCCAGACGUCACUGCUGCACUCGCUCAGUCACCAUGACACAGACCUGAAGUCAGUGAAGGGGCAAGAGCGAGGUCUUCUGGUCCAACUGGCUGAGGAGAUCGCUAAGCUUUCGGCCCACAUUAACCAGCUGAAGAUGGAGUACAGUGCGCUGAGGCAGGGCCAGAGCAGCAUCAGCCAGGAGAUCAGCAUGCUGCAGACUGAGCAGGCCAGGCUCAUCCAGCUGAUGUCAGAGACUCAGACCAAUAUCAUGAAGGUUGUGAACUCUCUUCGUGACAUGCUUGACUCUGUGCAUAAGGACGCUAGCAGCGAGAGGGGGCUCCUAAAAGCGGAUCUGCUCCAGAGGGCUCCGGAGCGCAGCGGCGUCCGGCCCAGAGGCUGCGCCAGAGGAGACGGCUCCCAACCGAGAGACUGCAGCGAUAUCUAUGCCAGUGGACAGCGGGAAGACGGGAUCUAUUCUGUGUUUCCUAUUCACUUCCCAUCUGGCUUUCAGGUGUACUGCGACAUGAGCACUGACGGAGGUGGCUGGACGGUGUUUCAGCGCAGAGAGGAUGGUUCUGUAAACUUCUACAGGGACUGGGCCGAGUAUCGAGAGGGCUUCGGGAAGAUCACAGGGGAACACUGGCUUGGCCUGAAGCGGAUUCAUGCUCUGACCAUUCAGGCUAAUUAUGAGCUGAGGAUUGACCUGGAGGACUUUGAGAACAGCACUUCCUUCGCGCAGUAUGGAUCCUUUAGCGUGGGAUUGUUCUCCGUUGACCCAGAUGAGGACGCCUACCCAUUGAGCGUAGCGGACUACUCAGGAACCGCCGGUGACUCAUUGCUCAAACACAGUGGCAUGAAGUUCACUACAAAGGACAAGGACAAUGAUCACUCAGAGAACAACUGUGCCUCCUUCUACCAUGGAGCCUGGUGGUACCGGAACUGCCACAUGUCCAACCUGAAUGGACAGUACCUGCGCGGCCAGCACUCGUCCUAUGCAGACGGCAUCGAGUGGUCCUCCUGGACGGGCUGGCAGUACUCUUUAAAAUUCACGGAGAUGAAAAUCAGGCCUACAUGUGAAGAAAAUUAG